UCCGACCUCACCCAAGAAAGGUUGCACAGAGUCGCCGUCAUGCCUGUUGACAUAUUCGACGCGCCGUCGGAACCCUCCUAUGCUAAACAUCCGAGUCAUUCGUUUGCCUUUUGUGACGGCAAGGCGUCGUCUUCGAGAAAGUCGUCGCGGCAGAGUCGUCGGCAAAAGCAGUCCUUUGCAGUCGACACAACCGUGCCGUCGUCCGGCCUCGACUUUGACGACGAUCGUGUCGAGUUGUACACUGGUCCACGACCCAAUGCGUCCAUUCGACAAAAGGCGGGCGUUGGAGGGGGGCAGCAGCAGCACCAUGCCCCCCCACGACAGCAGCCGCGCCAUCGAUACAAUUCGGCGUCGUUCUCACAAUGGGACGACGGGGGCGUUGCCUCGGACAACUCUAUCCUGGCGUCGUUUCCAUUCCACGCAAGCUCGUUCCACAAGGACAACAACGAUGACACCACGGACGUGUACGACUACGACAUCAACGAAAUCGACUUGAACAAGUACGUGACGCCCCCGCCACGCCAGCCAAUUCCAACCAAAAGUAGCCGGGCCAACUCCAACAACCAUCGAGGCAACCUGAGCGCUGGAAGCUGCCGUGGGUCGCGUACAGCAGUCGACGACGACGACAUCUUUGAUCGCCCUCCGUCCAGGCAGUGCCACGCGUUCCCAACGCAUUUGGUGGACCAGGUCUCGGAUGACGACAACGACGACUUUGACCAUCCCCCGGAGAAAGGUCGUCGCCCCGCGCCCCUCAAACGGCGGCCGCCGUCGCGGCACAAGCACUUGUCGGCAUCGCAAAAGCACAUCCACGACACAUUUCCAGGCUCGUGUGAAAUCAACGAGCAAAGCUUGGAAGACACGAUCCAUCGGUUUCGAACACGGCGAGACAUGCGCAGAAUUCAAAGCCACGACCCGACGCGCGACGGAUUCGAUCCUGUGGACGAAACCGUCCCGAUGCCAUUCCGCAUCGAAGUCACGACCAACAACAACCCCCGCAACAACAGUAACCAGUCCAACGCAAGCAGCCAUAGCCGGCGGUACCGCACCCCCAGUGCCGCCGCGCCGCCAUCCGCGGCGUACGACGAGAUGCGUCGCACGUUGCAAUCCCGGGCCGAAGACCCCGUCGUGGUCAAGACUAGUGCCCUAGACCGUCGUCACAGCUCGAUGCUUCAAAGAGGAGGGUCCAUCCACGGGCCACCGCAAUGGCUCAAGGACGAGCCCCAUCCGUUUUUUGAAAACACGUUGGCCGCCCAGUUGCCUGAAUGGCUCGUGGCUACCACGUCCAGUGCCGGGGGCGACGGAGGUCCUGAAACGAAUUCCGAAGGUGUCAACACGGCUACCACGGACGACUUGAAGCUCGACGACUUUAACUUUUCGGCGACGACAACCCCCCCAGCACCCCCCGAGUCGAGUUCGUUGCGCACGUCGUUGGGUGUGGACUUUCUGAGCUUGUUUGCCCAAUCAUAAAAAACCACACAAAUGUUGGUUUUGCAUAAUACUAGUAUACUGUAUAGUAUCCACA